CACGAACACUGCCAGUGGCAGUGGCAGUGGCCAUAGGUGGACAAGAGAGCGCAGUGCGUCUGUCAACAGCCCACUCGUGUCAAUGUCGGGUGAGCACACUCCUGCUUAUCAAAUGAUAAGAGACCAGCACAUUCUGGUCAUUUGGUGAAGACAAGGCUUGUGCAGCAUUCGUGCUACGGCAGCUAGCUACCUAUAUUUAUGGUGGCUGCAGAGUUCUGUCUGACAGCCUGGAAGCAAACUGUUUCUCUACCAGUUCGAGAGGUCCCCUUCAGCAGCCACGCCGAAUUUGGAUAAGGUUGCAAUUCAGAGAAGCAAAUUUCUGCACGCCAUUUCCAUUGUCAAAGCGCAAAACAAGUGCAGUAGCUAAAAGUGGCAAAGUUGCGUCGCCCCCCACUCCGCCGCUCCAGUGCUGCAGACAAGCAAGCACAACCGUAACGCCCACAUUGCAGCUCAUUCUUCCUCACCGUCCCUAUCUCCCAGCCUUUGCGCCGGUGCCGCAGUUCUGCCACGAUGGGGGGUAACGAUUACUUCAGCGUGACGGCGAUGUUUGUGAUGUUCCGGGAGUGUAUGGAGGCCGCCGUCAUCCUGGCAGUGCUGCUGCAAUACGUCGCCAAGACCGGCAAGACGCACCUCAAGAAACAAGUAUGGUUUGGCGCGGGGCUGGGCCUUCUCCUCUCCAUCAUAUUUGCAGUCAUCUUCAUUGUUAUCUACUACACACUAGAUAACGAGGUCUUUGAGGGCAAAGGCGAGCAGAUAUUUGAGGGCGUCAUAUCCGUCAUUGCGUCGGUCAUGAUCACAAUCCUCGCGUUUGGCAUGCUCAAGAUGAUGGCGCUCCAGGACAAGUGGAACCGCAAGCUCAAGAAGUCCGCGCUCGAGGCGCUCGAAGGCAAGACUGCGUUCACAAUCACCUACGCCCUGUUCCUCAUCGCUUUCACUGCCGUUCUUCGUGAGGGGAUUGAGUCCGUCUUGUUCCUUGCUGGAGUGGGGGUCGAUACGCCCUGGAAAGCCAUCCCCCUGGGAGGAAUCGUCGGCGCUCUGUUGGGAGUCUCCCUAGGUUACGUCCUCUUCUUCGGGUUGAAGCCCGUCCAGCUCAAGUGGUUCUUCGUCAUCUCGACCGUGAUCCUCCUCUUCUUGGCUGCCGGUCUCAUGAUGACGGGAAUGCACGAAUUCCAGGAGGCGGGCGCGUUUGGCUACUACGGAGAGGAAGAAGAGGAGGAGGAGGAGACGGAAACGGAGGCCCUGGCGCCGUCCGCUCUUGAGGAGAUGGAAGAGGAGGAGAAGAGCGUUCCGUGGCAUAACAAGCCCCUGUGGAACAUCUGCGACUGCUGCAGCAACGACGACCAAGGCUUCUUCGAGCUGGCCAAGGCCCUGGUCGGCUACACGUGCGACCCGACGUUCAUCCACGUCAUCACUUACAUCAUUUACUGGAUUUUCGUCAUCGGCAUCGUCGUCUACAAGGCCAGCACGGGUACACUCGACAAGUACAAGUACAAGGACGACGACCUGGCAACCGAAGCUGACCUGGAGGCCCCUUCCGGCGCCGUUAAGGAAGUUGGCUAUGUGGAGAAGGCCUGAAAAGGGUUAGAUGAGCCUUUCCGAGAUUGCCCGCGUUAGUUUCAUUGACGUUCCGAAGGGAAGCAUCUGAGCUUGAACCAUAGUAUCUGGACUGGAAAGCCUAGUCAAGCAAGCAGAUUCGUCGGAGUUUAGAUUGACUGCAAUACGACAGUCAGAAUGAGAAGCAAAAUUGGGUUGAAUGCUUCAGCCCCGGUUGGGGGAGUGUAUCAUUAAUAUUCGAAUAGUGGAUUGUUAGGGGAAUCGUCAGGUGGACAGUAGCGUUGCGAGCCCCUUAGAUAGCUCUUGGCCGGGUCCAAAACCAACAGCUUGCGAGCUGCAAUCAAGAGCAGUUAGCUUCAGUUACUGUACGUCGAACUUCCAACACGAGCUGCUCCGAGUCUGAACGGUCAUUGAUUACAGAAUUUCGAAGUUUCUCGCGGCUUCCGCUCAUUUGGUG